AUGUCACAUAUACCGUCACUUCCAGCAGCCCAGAAAGCUCAAAUUAUUCGCGCGCACCAAAGGGACUUUAUACACGUCUCUUCACUGAAAGAGCAGAUUGAGAACGUUCUUCGUGCUUGGCUGGGAACGCGUUGGCUUACGAGGUAUGACAAGGAGGUCGAGUUGGUUGUGAAGGUUUUGUACUAUGGGUUGACGACAGGUCGCGCCAUUCAAACCCUCGGCGAAGAAUACACAGGCAUAUGGUCUCAUCCAGCGCGUACCCGCAUCCAUUACAUCCGUGCCCUCCUCGUCCUCCUCCCCGCACUCCCUGCAUACCUCCUCGCUCGGUUAGGACCAACAUUAACAUCUCGAAGUGAACGAUUGAAGAGCAUGUUGAAGGGCGCUGUAAACGCGUUGGAAGUGUUCAGCGAGUUGAACCUUGCGGUGUUUUAUUUGAGAGGAACGUAUUAUGAGGGUGUGAGGCGGAUGCUUCGUAUCAGACAUGUGGCUGCGGUGCCGGAGGAUCCUCAUUCAAGGCCACCAUCUUAUUCACUUCUCGGAGUUUUGAUCAUCGUUCGCCUGCUUUACCGACUCGUAAUCUUCCUACGAACACGCGCACGCGCACCACCCUCUCUCACAUCUUCAUCCUCAGAAAACGGGAAAUCGCCAAUAUCUACCUCAUCCUCAUACCGAGAACACCAACAUUCGCAACAACUCGAAAUCCACAUCGACGGCCGGCCCAUCUCCUCACUCCUCGAAGUCGUCGAUCCCGAAUCCGCCCCGGCACUACCAGCCGAAGAGGAUGAGCUGACGAUCUUGGACGUGGGAAGCAUACCGGAAGAAGUGAGGGCUGGGAGGAAUUGUACGCUUUGUUUAGAGGAGAGGACGGCGAGCGCGGCGACGGAGUGUGGGCAUCUGUUUUGUUGGAGUUGUGUUUAUGGGUGGGGGAGAGAGAAAUCGGAGUGUCCGCUUUGUAGGCAGUCGUUGGAUUUGACGAGGUUGUUACCUGUAUACAACUUGUAG